GCAGAGGAGAGAGAAACUGAGGAUGGUUCCCCCAGCGCCCGUCAACAAGCCCCACGUCUGCCUCUCCACCGUCCUCAUCAUGAGCAGCCUGGUGCUGAUGGACGCCUAUCUGGUGGAGCAGAACCAGGGCUCCAGGAAGCUGGGCAUCUGCAUCAUGGUGUCCGUGGGCGACGUCUGCUUCCUGCUGGUGCUCCGGUACAUGGCGGUCUGGGUCGGGGCCGAGGUGAGGACGGCCAAGCGCGGCUACGCCAUGAUCCUCUGGUUCCUCUACGUCUUCGUGCUGGAGAUCAAGGUCUACUUCGUCUACCAGAACUACAAGGCCGACCGGAAGAGCCUGGACCUCCUGGCACGCAAAGGCCUGACCCUGCUACUGUCCGUCUGCAUCCCCGCCCUCUACGUGCUGCUGGUGGCCACCGAGCACAUGGACUACGUCCGGACCUUCAAGAAGAAGGAGGAUCUCCGCAACCGCCUCUUCUGGGUCAUCAUUGACAUGCUGGACGUGCUGGACAUCCAGGCCAACCUGUGGGAGCCCCAGAAGAAAGGGCUGCCCCUCUGGGCCGAGGGCCUGAUGUUCUUCUACUGCUACAUUUUGCUCUUGACUCUCCCUUGCGUGUCCCUGUGCGAGAUCAGCAUGCAAGGGUUCAGCAUCGUGCCGCACCGGAUGAUGCUCUACCCCAUGCUGAGCCUGCUCACUGUCAACAUCGUCACCAUCUUCAUCCGGGGGGGCAACAUGGUCUUCUUCAGGGACGCCCGGGUCUCGGGCAUCUUCAUGGGCAAGAACGUGCUGGCUAUCGUGCUGAAGCUCUGCAUGUUCGUGCAGUACCGGCAGUGA